GCUGCUCGCUCUUUAGGACCCCAGGGAGCACAAGGGCCGCUCUCUGGGAGGCGGGCACUGUCCGGGGUGACAGCGCGGGAGCGGGGCUAUGCACUUGGGCGGGCUGAGCGCGGGCCCCUGCUGGCGUGCGGCGCGUGCCGGCUGCGGAGAGCUAAGCGCUUGGUCCCGGCGCUAUGCUGUGGGACGCCUCUGCCGGCCGCCUGGCACCACUUGCCCCCAGCAGAGCCGCGGGCUGGGGCACGGCCCCACGACGGGAGGCAGCCCCCGGCUGAGGACCGGGGUGGCGGCGGGGCUAGCGGGGCUGGCAGGGCUGGCCGCUGCCGCCUUCGGGCAGGUGGAGCGUGCGGAGAUGGUGCGCAAGAGCUCGGGGACGCCGAGCACCUUGCCCGGGAAACCGGAGGAAGACGACGACGAACUAGCCCGCCGCUGCAGCUGCUUCAUGGCCCCGCCUGUGACUGACCUGAGCGAGCUGCGGACUAGGCCGGAGGACAUGAAAACCAAGAUGGAGCUGUUGAUACUGGAGACCCAGGCCCAGGUGUGCCAGGCGUUGGCACAGGUGGAUGGGGGUGCCCGCUUCUCUGUGGAUCGGUGGGAGAGGAAAGAAGGAGGUGGUGGCAUCAGCUGUGUACUUCAAGACGGGCAUGUUUUUGAAAAGGCUGGGGUGAGCAUUUCUGUCGUUCAUGGAAAUCUUUCUGAGGAAGCAGCAAAACAAAUGAGAAGCAGAGGAAAAAUGCUGAAGACAAAAGAUGGUAAACUACCAUUUUCUGCUAUGGGUGUGAGCUCUGUUAUCCACCCCAAGAAUCCUCAUGCUCCUACUAUCCAUUUCAACUACAGAUACUUUGAAAUCGAAGAAGCCGAUGGUAACAAGCAGUGGUGGUUUGGUGGUGGAUGUGACCUUACCCCAACAUACUUGAACCAAGAGGAUGCAGUCCAUUUUCAUAGGACUCUAAAGGAGGCUUGUGACCAGCAUGGUCCAGAUCUCUACCCCAAAUAUAAAAAAUGGUGUGAUGAUUACUUUUUUAUAGCCCACCGUGGGGAGCGGAGAGGCAUUGGUGGUAUCUUUUUUGAUGACCUUGACUCUCCAUCCAAGGAGGAGGUAUUCCGAUUUGUGCAGAGCUGUACCCAGGCCAUCAUUCCUUCUUAUAUUCCCCUUGUGAAAAAGCACUGUAAUGACUCCUUCACCCCCCAGGAGAAGUUGUGGCAGCAGCUCCGGAGAGGACGGUAUGUAGAAUUUAACCUGCUGUAUGAUCGAGGUACAAAGUUUGGCCUCUUCACUCCAGGAUCCAGAAUUGAAAGCAUCUUGAUGUCUUUACCUUUAACUGCCCGAUGGGAGUACAUGCAUUCACCCUCAGAGAACUCCAAAGAAGCUGAAAUUCUGGAAGUUCUGCGCCAUCCGAGGGACUGGGUGCAUUGAUGCAGGCAGAGCAGCCUUCCUGGGGUUUGGGGACACACAGUGUGUACCCCCACUCCACUGACCGGCAUCACCACCACCACUGUGUGGCACGUAGUAGUUUCCUGUGUCUUAGAGCGCCGGUCUUCUCCACCCUGGAGUCUGCCUCUUUGACAGGUGGUGAAAUGUAAUUUAAGCAUCACAAGGUUCUCUUGGUUGCUGUUGGUGAUGGGUUGGUGAGAUGACAGCUGUCAGAAUCAAUUGGUUGAUAUAAAAAACUCAUACCUUUGGAAUCAUUUUAUAUGACUAGUUUACAAACAAUGACAUAGAGUGUACAAGAAUUGGUCAAGGGGAUCUAAAUACUACAGUUUGUAUAGGAAACGUCUUAUGUUAUUUUUGUUUCAUAUAUGUUUUAAAGGUUUAGUUUCUGCCACAUAAAUCUGUUGUGGAAUAAAUUUUAUUUUCCUUAAUUCAGUGAGACUUACUAGUAAUUUUAGAAUGCAACUGGAAAUGAAGGUAAAAACUUCACUUUGUCAUUACUGAAGUUUUCUUCAGUCAUUGAUCAUAAUUUUUAUACCUUUCUCUAGAGAUCGUAAUAUUAUAAAAUAUUCAUCUUUAUAAUGAUAGGUAUUUAGAAACACUUGAAAUGUUCUUAAUCUCUGUGUUACAAUGGAAUGAUUACCUGUAGUUGUUAACUCUAAAGUGACAUCACCGUUAUUUAAACAAGAGACAUUAAGUUGUAAUGUUUAGGAACUACAAUUUGUUGAUAUUGGGGUUCUCUGUACCUUUGAAUGUGAAAGCUUAUAACCUUGGAUUCUGAUUUGUAAAGAUUUCUGUUCCAGACAUUUCUAUAUGGAGGUGUAGACUAAGAACAAUCCUGGGGAUGUGAAUUUAGAAAUGCUUCUCGUUAGGGAAAUGAGAAAUGUUUACUUCUUUAAUUAAAGCAGACAUGAGUAUGAAAAGCACAUAGGCAUUUUACAAAUAUAUUUCUUUGGAGAUGGACUAAUUGAAAUUGUCCUUUUUAAUAGAGAUUCUAUAACUCUUAUUUUUGCUCUCGAGAAAAUCACAACAAAGUUCUUAAUAAGACUUCUUUGUUCAUGUAGUAAUAUGAAUGUAUUUUAUUCAUACUAUAAUGAAGUUUGUAAGGAAUAGAAAAUCUUCCUACCUGUUAUUAAGCAUUAUUUUGGAAUAUGUUGAAUAUAUGAUUGUAUGGGAUUCUAGGGCUAGAAAAUGUAUGAAUUCUUCAGCUGUCUUACGAGAUGCACUCAUAAAUUUUAUUAUGAAAUAUCA